CAGUACGUGGCCAACCUCCGCCUGCUCCACUGUACUCAGUGACGAUUGUGCUGCCAAACAAGGGCAUAACCUGAUGAAUCAAGGAAAAGAAUUUAACUAAAUUGAUAAAACAGUGAAUAAUCUGUAACUUGACAUGCAAUCUGUGAUGAUUAAUAGAUAGUAAUUCAUUUAGAUUGAAAUGCUUUUGAAAGUGUCUCACUAAGUGCUUUACCUAUGAUCUCCAAUCAGUGUUUGAUAGCACCUUACCAGUUUAUAUUUUGCUUAUUUGUAAACAACAGAAGAUUACUCACCAAACAAUAUGGCACCAAAAUCUCCUGAAAUCACAAUAGUACGGACUAUUGUACCAAGGAGAAUUAACAUGUGCAACAAAGGUAAAAUGGUGGUGAGUUGGGUAAGCUCGGCCUUCUCUGAGAAACUGCACACCACCAAGCAUGUGGCACAUGUGUGUCUCCUUCUCAUCGUGGUGUUCCUGUUUGAGGUGGGCGCGGGGGGUCUCUGGGGAGGAACACCCACCACAGCUGCAUAUCCUCCUCUAGUCACCCUCCUUUUUCAACUGUUGAGACUCUUACCUCUCCUGGCACUGCCUCAGGCAGUGUUUAAUUUCCUUGGUUUCAUCUGCUUCAAUGCCUUCCCUGAGAGAGCCAAGCUGAAGGGUUCUCCUCUCUUAGCACCAUUCCUGUGCCUGAGGGUGGUCACACGUGGAGAUUACCCAGACUUGGUCAGAACCAAUGUUAAUCGCAACCUUAAUACCUGCUUACGUGUUGGUCUUGAAAAGUUUAUGAUUGAGGUUGUCACAGAUAAAAAAAUUGACCUCCCCGAAAACCAGAGAAUCAGACAGGUGGUUGUUCCAUCAAGUUAUCGGCCCAAGAGUGGAGCACUGUUCAAGGCUCGAGCAUUGCAGUACUGCCUGGAGGAGGAUGUCAACCUUCUGGCAGACACAGACUGGAUAGUUCACUUGGAUGAGGAAACUCUGGCAACUGAGGCUGCUAUUCGUGGGAUUCUUAACUUUGUUAUUGAAGGCAGACACCAGUUUGGUCAGGGGUUGAUAACAUAUGCAAAUGAAAACAUCAAGAACUGGUUCACAACUUUGGCAGACAGCUUUCGAGUCUCAGAUGACAUGGGGAAGCUCAGGUUCCAAUUCAAGGUUUUCCACAAGCCACUCUUUGGCUGGAAGGGUUCCUAUGUUGUUACUCAGACUGGUGCCGAGCGGCGGGUGACCUUUGACCACGGCCCGGAUGGGAGUGUGGCCGAGGACAACUACUUUGGCAUGGUGGCACUACGGGAAGGCUAUUCUUUUGACUUCAUUGAGGGAGAGAUGUGGGAGAAGUCUCCCUUCACCAUCUAUGACUUCCUUCAGCAGCGGAAGAGGUGGCUGCAGGGGAUCCUCUUGGUGGUGCACAGCCCGCACAUCCCAGUGAGCACCAAGUGGCUUCUGGCAGUCUCCCUCUACUCGUGGAUCACCAUGCCCCUGGCUCUAGCCUCAGUAGUCCUAAGCACCAUCUUUCCUGUUCCUGUGCCUGGGUUUAUCAACGUGGUUGCAGCAUUUGUUGGAGCCGUAAACUUUUAUAUGUACAUUUUUGGUGUAAUUAAGUCAUUCCGUGUGGACCGCCUGGGGUGGCUGCGGAUGACAAUGUGUGUGGCCGGGGCACUCAUCACCAUGCCCUUCAACUUCUUGGUGGAGAACAUUGCUGUGGUGAGAGGGUUGGUGGGCAACAAACACAAAUUUUACAUUGUGGACAAGGUAAUGGGAGCUCCUGAUAAAGUAGUCAGCACUGUUUAAAUUGUGGGCUGGCUUACCUAGUCAUGUGUACACAUAUAUUUUCUCCCCUCCCUUCUUCUUGCAGCUUACCAGCACAACCACUGCCAGUUGCCAGAGAAAUGCUAAAGCUACAUGUGUCUCUUAGAAUGAUGAAAACAUGUGUCAGUGAAAUUACAGUAAAGCCAAAGCACUCCUCAAAGUGUUUAGUUUACUGUUAUAGACAGAAUAAUAUUUGCAUUUGCAAGCUACCUGCUUAUCAUAGUUAAUAAUCUUGACUCUUGGUUAUUCUCCAAAGCUACUAAUGUUACAAGAAUAAAAAGAUAAAUGACCAAAUCUAAGAACAAAGCAAAUAUUUGUUUGGUGAUUGCCUGUGUCUGAUAGAAUACAUCAACAGUGACUUCUGUCAUUGAAAUCAUAUACUCAUUACUCUUGAAAAUUCAGACCAUUAAAAUUUCCAGUAGAUUUAUUAUUUUGUGAUAAUUAUGUUAAAUGGUGAUGAUACUAAUUACAUUGGGUAGGUAUCAGUCAUUUUAAGGAAAACCUGUAGUGAUAAUGCUGAACACUUGAGCAAAGGUUCUUGUUGUGUGCUGGUGGUGCUGGUAGUUCUAAUUUACAGUGCUCAGGGAUGUGAAUUUGUUUGAGCAGUCCUGUAGCAACGUGGCUUGUUUUAGGCAUCAUGUGAGAAAUUUAAUCAGGAUGAGUGCAAGAGUAAAAAACUAUGACAAGGCACAAAUCAAAACGUGGUGCUGGAGCAGAGUCGUGGUUGGCCCUGUGAUUCUCAGUUUUGCUUGUUAAGAGAGUUGUACUGGUCAGUCUUCAGCAAACAGCACAAGAUAGGAGGAGGAGCGUUGCUUAUUAGCGCAAUUUAGACCGAGUGCUACUUAAGCUCGACCAGGUGGUGCUAUAUGCACCCCGCCCUUGUGAUACACAUUCACUGCCAGUUAAAAGCAGAAAGCUGAUAUUUUGGCCUCCAUUAUUUCCCUGUGCCAGGGCAUUAAGUUCAGACUCUGAACUUGCCAUAGUUUUUUUUUACAUAAUGAAUAGUUGAUAGCCGGUGUCAACUGUAUUUAUUGCAUUAAGUGUCUAUUUUUGUUACUUAGCUGUGUAUAUGCAUUUCCUUUAAGUUGUGUCCCUAUUCCCAGAAGCUUUCUGAGAAGGUAGUGGAAUAUUCUCUCUGGUGUAAUAAUCUCUGGUACUGUUCCUGUAGUGUUUCCAUGCUUAAAGAUGUGUACAUUCAUAGUGAUACUUUCCAUCGUCUACUCUACCUGUGUACAUAACCUCUGGACAGAGUCUUUUCUUGCCAAUCUAAGAAGAAAUUCAAAAUAAAGCAAAUAUGAGUUAUUAUAAUGUUUUUUGUAGGUGUUUUACAGGUGUCAUCACCCACAUUACUUAAAAAAAAAGAAUAUAUAUAUAUAUAUAUAUAUAUAUAUAUAUAUAUAUAUAUAUAUAUAUAUAUAUAUAUAUAUAUAUAUAUAUAUAUAUAUAUAUAUAUAUCAGGCAGACAUUCCAUUUGUAUGGGGUAACCAAGACAAGGUGUGCGUGCACACACACACACACACACACACACACACACACACACACACACACACACACACACACACACACACACACACCUUAGUUUCUAGGCCUUUUGCAGAUCAGAUCAGUGAUUCUCAUUGAUCACACUGUAUAAGGGUCACUUGUUUGGUACAAAAAACACAGUGAUAACAGUGAAAGAAGCUUCUUUACACAAUGGAAGUAGGCAGUGCUAAGUAUCAGUCUGGUGCACACAACUCUCAGCAUGGAGACAAUACAGAAAUAGUAAUUGAGUUUCUUGUCUUAGGGAUCAUAUCCAUUGUCCUCUGAGAAAUUAUGUUUAUACAGAAUGAAUUUGCUUAGGUUCUCUCUCUCUCUCUCUCUCUCUCUCUCUCUCUCUCUCUCUCUCUCUCUCUCUCUCUCUCUCUCUCUCUCUCUCUCUCUCUCUCUCUCUCUCUCUCUCUCUCUCUCUCUCUCUCUCUCUCUCUCUCUCUCUCUCGAUAAUGCUGAGAAAGUAAAUGCAAUUUGAAUGUACUGUCAAUCAUGUAAUUAAAUCAGUAUUUCUUAACUACUUCUAGUUUUUUUUUUUUUUUUUUUUUUUUUUUUUUUUCUCUUUUUUUUUAAGAAUCAUGUUUGUUAGUGAAUAAGCUUUCUCAGCUUUGUCAAUAUUAUUUAUGCCAGUGUUUGAUUGUGAUGUAAGAUUUACAUGUUAAGCUAAAUUCAGUGUAUUGUAUAUAUAUACAUACAUUCAGUGUACUGUAUAUAUAUACAUACAUAUAUAUAUAUAUAUAUAUAUAUAUAUAUAUAUAUAUAUAUAUAUAUAUAUAUAUAUAUAUAUAUAUAUAUAUAUAUUUGAAUGUUGACCUCCUCCAGAUGUUGCUGGAAGGUGUAGUCUUGACCAAAGACUGUAACAUUAAAAUUUUCAUGUCAAUAUUUCUGCACUAAUGUGCAUUUUCCAGAUUACAGUGAAUCAUACCUCAGCUUUUUUUUUUUUUUUUUUUUUUUGGGUCACUUAAUGUGUGUUUUGAUGUCUUUCCUUUGAGCAUUUGCCUAAGUGUUGAUGCAAGUAGUGUUUAGUUUUUCUAAGUUCUUCAGUAAAUUUUUUCAGUAGAAACAAAUUACUUGCAUAUGAAGGCUCUUCAAACAAUCUGCUGGCGUAUGGUGGUGAAACAAUGCUUCCUGUUAAAUUAUUAUCGUCUAGAUUUAAUAUAUUUGUUGCAAUUAAAAAUAGCAAUUCUUUCUUUUGAAAAGUGCCUUCCGUGAUAUUAAUUUUUUUUGCCACAUAUAGCUGGUCAGUAGUUAUUAGAGUAUUCUUUCUUCACAAAACAUAUAAAAUCAGUAUGUUCAUUUACAUAAAUUGCAAUAAUUGUAAGCUGAAGCAUUGUAAAGUUGCAGACUGCAUGUUGAAUAAUUCAUCAAAAUCCUUUAUAUCCAAUGAUUCUGAAAUCUAACAGCACAUGUAUGUGCAGGUGUAUUCUUCUUGCCAAAGAGUUUUACUAAUAACUUUAAAUUACUUCAGAAUUUAUUUAAUAAAACAAUACUCUCAUGCACUUACACACACACACACACACACACACACACACACACACACACACACACACACACACACACACACACACACACACACACA